AUGCAUCAACCUCCAACUAUUCCUGAAGGUGAUGAAGAAAAUGAGGGAUUUGAACAAGUCGGCGAGGGAACUCGUUUUCCACAAACAGGCUCGCAACAACAGCAGCCACCAGCAUCAAUGCAUGAUACAAUAACGGCAUCCACAGAAUUACAAACACACGAAGAUGAAGGUGCUGGUCAUGGACACGCGCCAACUUUACAUCAUGAAAUUAUUGCUGAAGGUGAUGGUGCACCAACAGAACAAGAUCAACAAGCUGAACAUGAAGAAUCAUCAUUGGCUGAAAAAAUUAUUGCCGAAGAUGAAGCGGAAGAAGGUGCACCACAAGUUACUAAUGCAGAAAAUGAAAUACAAGGAGAUGAAGAAGGAGCUCUACUAGGUAUUAAAGAAGACGAAAAUACCGCCGAUCAAUCAGCAUUAGCAUCCGAUGGUGAAAAUCCUUUAUUAACAGCUGCUGGAUCACCUGUGCCACCAGAAGACGACUCACUGAUAUCUACAUCUCAAGCUUUACCAACUGAAGAACAUGUUAAACCAGAUGAAUUAAUUCCUGCAAUGUCUGAUGAACAACGUAGAUCAGCUAGAUCUGGCCGAGAUCGUUCAGCUAGAGGUCAAAGAGAAGCACCACAAGUAGAUUUCGAAAAACUCGAACAGGAAGAAGAACAUGACAUGGUUCAAGAUGAACCUGAAGUACGAAUCAGUCGUGAAGAACUUUUAGCUCGCUAUCAAGUUGCCGAAGCUGAACGUGAUCGUUUGAAAAGUAUUAAUUUAGCACUACAACAACGUUUAGCUGAUUAUUUACAUAAACGAAAAGGUGCCGACGAAAUACCAGCAUUAAAUCAAGGAAAUGAACGUGCAGUGAUUGAACAAACACAACGUUAUCAAAAAUAUCUUAGCGAAAUCGAAACACUACAAGAUCAUAUAAAACAUGAUCAACUUGAUUAUGAGUUAAAACGAAAUAGUUAUGAGCAACAAAUUCAAAAGAAAAAAGAACAAGUCGAAGAAUUAAAAUCUGAUUAUGUUAAAUUAGUUCGAGAGAUUGCAUCAAAAGCUGUUUUUUCACGUAAUGGAAAAUUUAUUUCAAAUCAGGAUUGGCGUUCGUCGCCCAAAACUUUUGCACGUGAAGUUGAAACUUAUUUAGCAUCAUUAAGAGAAAAAGAAGAAGAACUGAUUAAAACUCGUCAUGAAAAUAUUCGUUUAAAAAAUCAAUUAAAGAAACGUGAAUUACAAUUAAAAUCUAAAGAAGAGCUAGCCGAAGGACUUCAUAUGAUUGAUUUUGAACAAUUAAAAAUCGAAAAUCAAACAUACAGUGAAAAGAUCGAAGAAAGAAAUGAAGAAUUGAUGAAACUGCGUAAAAAAAUUAGUACUACUGUUCAAAUUCUUAGUCACAUUAAAGAGAAACUUCAUUUUGUUAAUGAACAACGUCUUCAGGCAGCAGAAGUACUUGGCAUGAAAGAAACAGAAGUGAAACAUAAACGUGAUGCAUUAGCAACAAUAAAACGACGUCGUGAUCGUUUACGACAAGAAAAUCAAUCGUUAAAACAAACUUCUGGACUUAUUGGUAAUGAACACUUAUUACGCGACUACGAAGAUCGUUACGAUGAAAUUGGCAACUGUACGGAUAAAUUAGAAAAUUUGAAAAAACGUCAUGCAGAAAUAACAUUGAUGUGUAAAGUUUUAAAGAAAAAAAUUUCCAAAGUUUAA